AUGGCAGGCGGAAUAGACAUGGCUCAUAAGAAAGCAGGCGGCAGCACUAACAACGGGCGAGACAGCAACCCAAAGCGGCUUGGCGUGAAGUGCUACGGUGGUCAGCGUGUAACUGGGGGCUCUAUUCUGGUGCGCCAGCGCGGUACCCGCAUCCGCCCCGGCACCAACGUCGGCUUGGGCCGUGACUACACCCUCUUCGCCAUGACCGAUGGCGAGGUCAAGUAUGAAUGGGCCGCCAAGGGCCGCCGCCGCGUCAGCGUCUACCCGCUGAACCAAGCCUGA